AAGCAAUAGAUAUAUAAACAAAAGAGCUAUUAGCUGUUAAAGUAAUAAUAAAAAAAUAAACUGAUUAAGAUUUCAAGUUAAAAAUAUAACAAGAAGCAAAUAUUUUAUAAUAAUUAAACCAUCCAAAUAUAGUAAAAUUCAAAAACGUUAGAGAAACUAAAAAAAGAAUAUUAAUAUCAAUGGAAUUAAUAAAAGGAGGUUCUUUAGCACAAUUAAUUUAAUAUAGAAAAAACAAUAAUAUAAAAUUCGAAGAAUCUGAUAUUGCAUAAAUAAUGAAAAGUAUAAUGUAAGGAUUAGUUUAUAUUCAUUAAAAAAAUAUAGUUCAUAAAGAUUUAAAGCCAGAAAAUAUUUUGAUUGACAAUAUAAAUAAUUUAUCUUCAGUUAAAAUUGCAGAUUUUGGUUUAAGUUCUGUUUUUUCUUUAUGGACAACUGAUGGCUUAACUUAAAUUUGUGGGACUCUAUUAUAUAUGGCACCUGAAGUAUUUGCUCAUCGUCGUGCAUAUUCUAAAGUAUUAUUAAUAUACAUAUUUUUAUAAAAUACAAAUAUAUAGUAAAUUGAUUUAUGGAGUUGUGCUAUUAUAAUUUAUAAUCUAUUAGAUAAUGGAAAUCACCCUUUUUAUAUAAAGAAUGUAGAUACAACCGAAAUCUUUAAAGAAAAGCUUUAAAAUCCAGAGUGGAAUUUUCCAGUACAUUUUUCAAUUUUAGCAAAAAAUUUAAUACAAAAGCUAACAUUGUUAAAUCCAAUUGAAAGAUAUUCUGCGUUUUAAGCACUUUAGCACCCUUUUAUAACUAGAAAAUUAGAUGAUUAAGUUCCUUUAACAUUUAAUGAAAAGAUCAUAUAGAAGAAAUUCGAAUAGUGUAAAUGA